AGGUCGUCCCAGUCCUUCAACUCCCCUCCCCACCUUCUCCCUCCGCCUCGCCUUCUCUCGACGGUCGACGCUAUAGCUUUUCCCAAAGUGCACGCGCCAUGGCGAGAUCACGAGACACCAGGCUCAGGCUCAGGCUCACGCUCCUCCUCGUCACCCUUCUUCUGCUAGUAGACAUGGCAAGCGUCAGCCAUGGCCGACGGACACCGGACGUGGAUGCCAUGGCCCUCGUCGGCGGCGGUCCACCACCGGCGAAGGCCUACUCCUCCGAGCAGUCGUCUUCGUCGACUUCAAGGGAGCAUACGGCUCGUGUUUAUCGGCGCAUGCACAGGGUGUCCAAGAGGUUGGUGCCCCAGGGGCCGAACCCACUGCACAACUGAGACUUUCUUCUACCCUGCAAGAGGAAAACUAGAUAUGCAGUUUGUGCUUUCAGUCACCUUCAUCGAGUGAUGUGAAUUAUAUAUAGAACACCUAGGAGUAUAGAAGUACCGUAUGUAAUAUCUGGCACUUCAACAUGUAAAAUGGGGCACCCUGACUCUCCGGGUGUCCAUGGUAAAAAAUGCACUGAAAUGUAUGCAGAUGUGUAAUGUGUUUAUUAGAGUGAUGCAUGGUGCUAGUCAAAGUCUUCAGCGUGUACAGCUGGGCUCUUGUCCAUUUGCAGA